AUGCUCUCUCGAUACACCCGCACCGUCGAUCAUCGUCUCCUGCUGCCCCGCAGCGGCCUGUCCAUUUCGGUUCCGGCCAUCACGCGAGCGAUGGUUGCUGUCCGAGACGAACCCGUCCAUCGCGGGUACGGGAGGCCAACCCAGUGCCACGGCGAGCACGGCCACGUUCCGAUGCCCCGCAGCCAACGGGACAGGCCAGCAGAACAAUGCACGCCGCGUUCCCCCGGUGGCCGACUGUACGCCGGCCCCGCCACGUCAUGCGUUGGGGAGUCGGACGAGAGCGGCAAAGGCUACGGGGAGCAUGACGGCCGACCACUCUCCUCGACCCCAUUCGUGACCGAGGUUGGGUUGCGAAAUUCUAGACCCAUGUCGAAUAUUUCCUCGUCCAAGGGGAAAUGCUCCGCUGUCGCUCGGGAGGAGGGCUCGUUGACGACGGCCGUCGGCCCUGGCGUGACUUGA